AAACAUCAGUAAUGUCGUUCUUCAAUGUCUCAAGCUCUUUCUACCUUCUUUUACUCUUCUUCUAUUUCUCCUCAAUCUUGCUUGCCAGGUUCCUUCAGACUCUUUGCAGGAAUUACUCUAUCAAAAGCAGUGAUGAUGAAGGCCAAACUGACUAUUUGGAAGAAGAGGACGAGGAGGAGGAGGAAGAAGAAGAGGAAGAAGAAGAAGAAGAAGAAGAAGAAGAAGAAGAACAUGCCUUGUUUACUGUGGAAUACACAGAAAGAGAUGAUUUGGUUGCCGACAUCAUUCUUGGCGGCGAAGCCUUAUUGUUCUUGCCCAUUAAAAGCACCCAGAAGGAUAAGCUUCUCCCUGAAGAAGACAUGGAAUCUGAGGGAAGUGUAUAUGAAGACCCUGAUGAAACCUUUGUCCCAGAUGAAUUGCCAAUAUCUAACUCACCUGCUUCAGAAUCUGGGUGUAAUGCUGAAGUUGUGGUUGAAGAAAAGCUUCCCACAAGGGACACUGAUUCAAUUGAUGGGUCUACAUUAGAGCUUACAACACCAUUGGAAACAGACCCAAAUGAAAAUGGCUCUGUGGCUGAUGACUUAGCUUAUGAAGAAGGCUAUGAUAAAAGAGAAGAAGCUGAAGCUGACACAGGGAAUGUAGAGACAAAUUUAUCUGAAGAUGAGAAUUUUUUGGUUUUUGCACCUACACAACUGGAAACUAAAAAGCUUCAACCUAAAACAAUUGAGGACAUCCAUGGAGAUUCAUUUACAGUUGGGUCAACUUCUAAGAGUUCUUCUGAUUGGAGAAGCUCCAUGCUUUGCAGGGAUUCAGGAACAGAGGAUCCCUUCUCAUCAUCGUCUCGAAGGAGCUGCCCGAAUUGGGAAUCAUUUACUGUGUUUCGAAAAUACGAUGAGGAGAUGAUGUUUUUGGAUCGAAUUAGUGCCCAAAAGCUUAAUGAAACAGAAUCACUUAGGGGAAUUGAAGUAUGUCCAAGAUCCAUCUCGGAAAGGAUAGUGCAUAAGCUCACUACCAAGAACAGAAGAUCAAACGGGAUAACUAGAAACCCAUAUCAUGAAUUGGAGAGUGCUUAUGCUGCUCAAAUUUGCUUGGCAUGGGAAGCUCUUAAUUGGAACUACAAGAAUUUCCAGCGUCUAAGAGCUUCACGAACCGAAGAAGAAGAUCCGGGUUGUCCUGGCCAAAUUGCACAGCAGUUUCAGCAAUUUCAGGUUUUAUUACAGCGAUAUAUCGAAAAUGAGCCUUACGAGUAUGGCAGGAGACCUGAAGUUUAUGCUCGAAUGAGGAUUUCUGCACCAAAAUUACUUCUAGUUCCUGAAUUCCGAGAUUCAGAAGAGGAACAGAAAGAGGAGAAUUUUGGUACAAGGAUCUCAUCACCUAAGUUCCUCAGAAUAAUGGAGGAUGGAAUUCAAACAUUCAUGAAUUUUCUCAAGGCAGAUAGUGAGAAGCCUUGCAAGAUCAUUACAGCAAUUUUCAAAAAGAAUAAAAGCAAUUCAGUUGAUCCCACUCAUCUCCAUAUGGUGAAGAAGGCAAAUACAAAGAAAAAGCUGAAGCUUAAAGAUCUGCGCCGCAGUAAUAAAUGCUUAAGGAGGAAGAAGAAGAAGUUGAAGCAUGAUGAGGAGAUGGAGAUACUGAUGGGUCUGAUAGACCUAAAAGUGGUGUCCAGGGUAUUGAGAAUGUCUGAUAUCAGUGAAGAACAGUUAAGGUGGUGUGAGGAGAAGAUGAGCAAAGUAAGAUUGUGGGAAGGGAAGCUACAAAGAGAUUCCUCUCCACUUUUCUUUCCGGCACACUGAGCCUUCCAAGGGUAGUGUGUGUGUGUGUGUGUGUGUGUUGCAUGAUGACUAGAUCAUGAAUGUGCAUGAGAGUGAAUAUCCAAGUUACCCUUUUGUAAAUACUGAAUAAAAAUGGUAGUGGGGACCCACAAAUCAAAGUAACAUGUGGGGGGGUGACAUAGAUUUGGAAUCCAUGGAAAGAAAGGAAAAGAUGAUUUGUCUCUGUAAUCUCAUAAAUAGGGAAAGUGAAAGGGGAGCAUAGACAAAGGAAAGAACAGGGGAUAGAGACAAGAGACAUAGGUAGCUUUAGCUUUCUUUAUCUUUUUAAUUGUGGGAGUUUAUCUAUAACUCCAUUAGAGAUUUGAAUUGAAUCAAAAGAAGAGAUGGACAAAGCUGCCAUUUUAUGCAUGCAGUGUAAUAAAAAGGGAAGCACAUGGUACACUCAAAGGAAGAGAGAGACCUCAAAUGGGCCCCUCUUAUUUAAGGAAGGAAUCAAGGAAAGGAGACCCUACACAUUAUU